AUGAAGGAAAAAUCCAAGAACGCGGCCAAGACGCGCAGAGAGAAAGAGAACGGAGAGUUCUACGAGCUGGCCAAGCUGCUGCCUCUGCCAGCGGCCAUCACCUCCCAGCUGGACAAGGCUUCCAUCAUCCGGCUGACCAGCAGCUACCUGAAGAUGAGGAGCGUCUUCCCCGAUGGUCUGGGUGACGAAUGGGGGCAGACAACAAGGUUCAGUCCUCUGGACAGCAUAGCAAAAGAACUGGGUUCUCACCUUUUACAAACUCUGGAUGGCUUUGUGUUUGUUGUGGCCUCUGAUGGUAAAAUCAUGUACAUUUCUGAAACAGCAUCCGUCCACCUUGGUCUGUCACAGGUGGAGCUAACAGGAAACAGUAUAUUUGAGUACAUCCACCCAUCAGACCACGAUGAGAUGACGGCUGUUCUGAGUCUUCGCCAACCCCCACACCAUCACUUCUCUUCAGAUUAUGAAAUUGAACGUUCCUUCUUCUUGAGGAUGAAAUGUGUUCUUGCUAAACGAAAUGCAGGACUGACGUAUGGAGGAUAUAAGGUCAUCCACUGCAGUGGCUAUCUAAAAGUGCGUCAGUACAUGGUGGACAUGACGCUGUACGAAUCCUGUUAUCAGACUGUGGGUCUGGUGGCAGUCGGUCACUCCCUGCCCCCUAGUGGCAUCACUGAAAUUAAACUCUACAGCAACAUGUUCAUGUUUCGGGCCAGCCUGGACUUUAAACUCAUCUUUUUGGACAUGAGGGUGGCAGAGCUGACAGGCUACGAGCCUCAGGACCUGAUAGAGAAGACUCUCUACCACCAUGUCCACGCCUGUGACAUUUUCCAUCUACGCUAUGCUCACCAUUUAUUACUGGUGAAGGGUCAGGUCACCACUAAGUAUUACCGCAUGCUAUCAAAACAUGGAGGCUGGGUGUGGGUGCAAAGUUACGCCACGAUCGUCCACAAUAGCCGUUCCUCCAGACCUCACUGUAUUGUCAGUGUGAACUACGUACUCACUGACGCUGAGUGCAAAGAGUUGCAAUUAUCUGAAGACCAGAGUAAAGCCAGCCAUCCUGGUCUCAGCCUCACUCCCGCUCAGGACCACCGCAAACAACUCAGAACCAAAGCAGUCAAGAUGAAGACCAAACUCAGACCAGCUCCCUAUCCUGAGCAACCGUUGGACCGUCUGAGCUGCUCUCCACAGAAGGGGCUGAGUAAGGAGAGAUCCUUGUACCUGCUGACCCAGCAAAGAUCCAGCUUGAGCACUGAAGCAAGCCAGGGUUCCUGCAGCCCUGCUUACAAUCUGACCCUGCACUACCCCUAUAACUACCUGCCUCUGGGUGCUCAGAGCCAGCUGCAUGGCUCAGUUCCUUCUCCUCAGCUCCCCCAGCAGAUGGUUGGCCCCCUGCACAGAAGAGGACCUGUUGGAUCGCACGUCAAAUACCUAGGGCCUGUACUGGCAGCGAAAAGUGGGUUCUGUCAUGAUUGUCCCAGCAGCAGAAGCCCUUGUUCUACUACCAGGCUGAAGAAAGAACCCUACGAACAUAACUCGCUUGUCCACAGCAAGAUGUCUGAGGUUUGUCCAUAUCUUCAGCCUCAUGGCACCAAGGAGAACAGGCCUGUAGGCCAGGAUGCCCAGCAUAGUAAAAGAGUUCCUGGGGGACUUCGAGGGGACCAGGCCCUGGCCUGUCCUCUGCUUGGUGGCCUGGUACUGGAUAAAGAUGAGAAGGUAAGCCAUAUAACAGAUGGCCAUGAUUACCAAGAUAAAGAGACAGCCUCUUACAGCCCUAACAGCCAGAGUUCCAGCUCCAGCUCAUCCCCUGAGAGCCACAGAGAUAUCCUGCAUUACAUCGGCACAUCUGUCAUUAUCACAAAUGAGAGGUGA